UUUUGUAAACAAAGCUGCGGCCGGCGAGGGUCAGCCAGCAGCCGUGCUCACUGCUCAGCACAGGCACCAUAACACCGCACACACACACACACACACACACACACACACACUACGGAAUAGUUUCUUCUGCAAUGAAUAACAUGACGCAUUUUUCACCUGGAAUCUGUUUCAAGAAUUCUACUCGUAGAGAGGCAAUAUCUACCUCAGAUAUAAAGACUGAGCCAGAGAAUGAAUGGUUCAGUGACAGUACAGACAGUGCAGAUGAACCACACACAAAAAUAUGCCGAUGGGAACCAGAAAGUAGUGAUCACAGCUGGGGCUUUCUUCCCAUCCCUGGAAAAUUUUUACAGUUAGAUCAGAUUAUUGACAUUCUCAAAAGCACUGACAAAGUCCUUGAGUCAGUGCCCCGUGGUGAGAAAAAUAAUGUAUUCUUUAUUUUAGAAGACUCAAAAAAUGCUCUAAGGAAAAGAAUGAAUAUGAGAACUGAUUAUCAUGAUGACUGCGGUGUUUGGGACAGUCAGAAGGGAAAGACUGCAAACACUUACAUCACAUUUUGUGAUGAAAGUUUUAAAACUGUGUCUCUGAAGGAUGGGCUCCUCUGUAGUGAGAGUCGUAAGAAAGGGGUGUCACACUGGAUUCCACUUGACCCACAGCCUGACUGGAACACGGUGGUGAAGGUGCAUCGCUACUAUACCACCCUGAAAGGCAACGACAGCUACAAGAGACGCAUCACCAGUGUGUCAGGUGGAGAGUUUUCUGAUCGUGUGGUAGUGGAGUAUGCCGGAAUUCGAACUGGUCCAAUCACAGUUCAUGGAAACUCAAAAUCUGCCAGAGAAUACAUGCGCACGAAUCCAAGACUGCUGGAGAGGAUGAAUGAAGAAAUAAAAAACAAAUCACCAAAGCAAGUAUAUGAGGAAAUGUUACAGGACAGUGAGCUAGGUGUUCCAAGGAGUCUCAAACAGGUGGCUGAUGUAAAAUAUCGGGCAUCCAGGAGGGAGCACCAGAAGGAGGUGGUAAAAGUUGCUGACGAGAAUCUUGAUUUUCUGACAAUGCUGGAGGAAAAUCCAAGUGUCCAGGCAGUGAUCCAUCGGAAAGACUUACCCUCGUGUGUCAUUUUGCACAGUGGUGAUCAGCUAGGAGAAAUGAAAAGAAACUUGGAAAAUGAAAGUGUGAUUGGAGUAGACUGCACUUAUAAGGUUGGCGAUUGUUACAUCACAAUGACUGUGUACCGGAACUCUAGGGAUCUGCAUGAAGAGACACUUGAGCCACUCCUGUACCUUGGGCCUGUGCUUCUUCACUGGGAUGUGGAAUUAAAGACGUAUGUUUCCUUCUUCUCAUAUCUGAUGAGUGUUUUAGGUGACAUGGAGCCUACUUUUGAAGUUAAGUUGGGAGAUGAAAUAGAGUUAGCUGUGUUAGAUGCAUUAGAGAAUUGUUUCCCAUCAUCAGUGCUUAUAAUGAACUGCCAAUGCUUAGAAGAAAAUGUAAAUAGAAAACUCUCUCUCAUCCUGGGUGAUAGACCAGAAGAGUGCUCCAUGAUUUUAAUGAAAAUGUUUAGUGCAGAAGGCAUUGCCAGUAGUCCUACCAUGUUAGACUUUGAAGAUAGAGUGUCAAACUUGAGAAGUUAUUUUGAGAAAUUUCCUGAUUUUAAAAGUUAUUUUGAUGAGCUGCAGCCCCUUUUGUAUUCAUAUGUGUGUGAACCACAACAGAGAGGUGUCUCGCAGAAGUUGUGGACAAAGAGCAAUGAUGAAAUUUUAAGUGGCCUUUUAAAAUCGACUGUGCGGCAGAAACACCACAAAUUACCUGACCUUGUUGAGAAGAUCUGCAGUGUGAGUAGACUGCAAAUGUUGGAUGUAGAGAGUGUUAUGUGAAAACAGUAGUAUGUGUUGGGUGUCUAAAGGAUGGUGCCUUACUGUGGCACUGCUUCGUUAUUUUAGCACCUUUAGCACACAUAUACUGCUGCAGAAAGUCCUCUUAUAACUUAUUAGAUUAUCAAGGAUUUCUGAAAAUAUCUAAGAUGUAAAAUUUCAAUCUGAUGAAAAAGUAAAUCUUGAAUAUUAGAUAAACAAUACAUGCAUGCAUGUAAAAGGUCAUGGUAUUGAGUUUUGAUUUUAUGAAUAAAUAAAUAAGUAUAUAUAUAUAUAUAUAUAUAUAUAUAUAUAUAUAUAUAUAUAUAUAUAUAUAUAUAUAUAUAUAUAUAUAUAUAUAUGUGUGUGUGUGUGUGUGUGUGUGUGUGUAGACACACAUAUUAUGAACAAAAUAGUGUUUGUUAAUGUUAAAAGGUACAAAUUUAGAGACAUGACAUAAGGAGAAUGUAUGCUUGAAGAAUAAAAGGAGCAGAUAGCCUCAUGUGGUGUAGAGGAUUGGUACAAUUGUAACAGUCAGAAGAUAAACUUAACAAGAUGUACAGAUAUUUUAUAUAAGUAAUGUGCAGGUUAUUUUUGUACAAGAUUUGAAGCGGAACUUAAACCAUAAACAAUCCUCAUAGAUAUUUUUUCUAUUUUAUAAAAAUAUUACUUUUAUGUUAUAUUCAUAUGAAUAAUAUAUUUAUAAAAAAAAACUUUCA